AUGGAAGCUGAUAAUGAAACAGCUCUGAAUGUUGAAGUACAAAAGGUCCAGCAGAAUACACUUGCUGAACACAGGAUUUACGUGUUGAAACAUACAAUUCAAAUAUACCAUGAUGAAGAACUAACUGGAGGGCCAUUGGAUAAUCCUAUAACCAGGCAACCCGAUUUACCACCCUAUACACUAAAGUCUCAUUUCAUAGAUUCAAAGGACGCCUAUCAGCAGGUAAGAAGUGAUCAGUUGGGUGAAAGCAAGGUUGAUAAGUAUGGAAAAUUGUUAGGGGCUCGGAAAUACUUGCUUAAUACUUUUCGUUUACCUCAAAAAUCUUGGAACCUUUAUGUUUUAGUAUCAGAUUUGGUUUCAGUUUUAGGAUUUUUAAAUGGGGAGGAGGCUUUUCUUCAGAAAUACGAUCAGUUAUACAAACUGGAGGCAACUGGUGCUGAGAAGAAAGCCUUAUACAACCAUGGAAUGAUUGAUUCUGUAGAUAAAGAAGUUUCGUACGUUACUGCACGGUCAGUAUUUGUUCGUUUUGGGGCUGCGGUUAUUGCUACCGGGUGUAGAAUUGUUGACGAUUAUUGGGAGCUCCACCUGAAGGAACAGGGAUUUACUAUACAUUAUCGAGUCUUUCCUUUGACUGAGUUACAGUUAUCCUUAGUUCGACAACUUAAACCGAUCCCAAAGAAGACCGAGGCUCCCGCAGAAGAAACCAGUGUGGAUUGGCUUCAUAGAUGGGAGGCCCCUUAUCCUACCAUCCAGGAGCAGUCUUCCGUGGAUAUUAGAAGGGAGUAUGCAAAAGAGCAUUCGCAUGGAGAGCACACAACUGCAAUUGUUCCUGGUCAGAGUAUCAAUGGUGCUCUUGAGCUAGGCUUGAACUAUAUGGUUCCUAAAUACCAUUACAAAAACUCAUUCGCUAAUGCCUUGCAACAUAAUAUUGAGGAUGUUCCGAUCGGCAAACACAAAGCUAUCGAGACUGUUUCAAGUGCGCCGGUUGGAAGGCCUUCAAAGCGUCCCGAUGAACUGAAAACGCAAGUUUCCGAACGUAACCACUCUUUAAAUAUAAAUGGAUGGAAGUUUGAGUCCCUUCCAUUAGUGACGAAAGGGCUCUGCCAAGGUCGUACAAGCAAAGGCUUGCCAUAUUAUGAAAAAGACCGUCUAUUGUGUAGGUUAAGAAAGUUAACUCCCAAUCAGGUUAGGGAGUUGGAACAUGUUCAUGAUUCUUUAAACCUGAACACAGGCUUGGGAAAGCUACGGUAUUCUCGCAGUAUAAAGUGGUCCAAGUACUGGCAGUACAAAUCUGGUGCACCAAUCGGAAUCACUGCAGACCAAGUAACUGACUUUGAGAAGUAUUACCUCCCUGCCGUGCUGCAACAUGUUGAGACUGAAAGUGUCUACGAUGAGGAUAGAAAUGUAGAUAUAAUACAAGCCACAAGCAGGGAGCCGAACGCAAAUUUCUUAAAACAUUCUAACAUAAGAGGUUUUAAACCACCAUAUGCAUAG